CAAAGAUUAGGUGACCCUCAUUGACAAUCAGAGAGAGAAACUGUUGUGUUUGUUUGUAAGUCAGCUAGUUAGACUUUUGUUGUUAACUCCUGUUUCCUUUCUUGUCCACUAUGAUGUGAUCAAAUCCAAAACUCUUAAAUACAAAAUUCAUCACAUACACACAUAAGUCAGCAGCACCUCUUUCCUCAUUUCAAAUCUAACCAAAUUUAUUAUCAAAUUUAUAUUUAUAUUUUAUAGAUUCUUAGGAAAGAUAAAGAACUUUCCUUUCUUGUCUUCAUCUUUGAUAAGACUUGUGCUCUUUUUAUCUCUCCUACAUUAACCCUUCCUUUGAUUUCAAAUUUCUGCUAUCUUUGUCUUUGAAAAAAGCUUACAAAAAAGUGGUUUGGUUUUGAAAAAUCUGAAACAGAUCUAUUUUCAUGAGGGUUUGUUGAGGUUAGGUUCAAAGGGUCACUGUUUAUGUCCAAUUUUCCACCACCCUUUUUCUUUAUUCACCAUAAAUUUCAAACCUUUAAUUGUUUCUAACAUCUCAAGUCAGUAAAGAUUUGAUUUUUAAGCAAAAGGGUUAUCUCUAGAAGUGAUUUUAUAUCAUUCUUUCAUGUUAAGCUAAAAGGGUCACUGUUGAGUUUAUCUAUAUUGAGUAUCAUGGGUUUUUGUUUUUUGAGUCAAAGUUCUAAACUUUCAUGUGGGGACUAAUAAGGGAUCUCACUACUUCUACUUGUUUUGUGUUGUAUUGAUUGUUGUCUCACUUUUUUGUUUUUUUUAAUGGCCACUGUUGAUUGCUUCAUUCACAAGCUGUUGUCAUAUGGUCCAUGUUCUACUUCCUUUUCUGUUUAGAGGGGUAUCCUAUCUCUUUCUUCAAGGAAUGGUGUUACUCAGAUGUUUCUGGUUGUCACUGUUUGAAUGUUGUGUCUUGUCUUGCUUUUUUGGUUUGUCUUUGAGUCUUGACAAUGGAACAAAAUCAUGUAAUCCUAGUGAUUUAUUAGCUCUGAAGGAGUUUGCAGGCAACCUUACAAAUGGUUCAAUUAUCAAGUCAUGGUCCAAUGAUAGUGUUUGUUGCAAUUGGAUUGGAGUUGUGUGCGGUGAUAAUAAUGGAGAAGCUGUUGAUAGAGUGACCAAGUUGAGCCUUUCUGAAAUGAGUCUCAAUGGAACAAUUUCACCCUCUUUAGCAAAACUAGAUCAUCUCACUGUGCUGAAUCUUUCAUUCAAUCAUCUUCAUGGUAGAUUGCCUUUGGAAUUGUCAAAGUUGAAGAUGUUGAAGUUUCUUGAUUUGAGCUAUAACAUGUUGUUAGGAGGUGUGAAUGAAUCACUUUCUGGUUUGAAGUCCAUUGAAGUGUUGAAUAUUUCAAGCAAUUCAUUUUCUGAUAAAGUUUUCCACCUUGGUGAAUUUCCUCAUCUACUUGCACUCAAUGUGAGUAACAAUUCAUUCUCUGGUGGAUUCAGUUCUCAAAUUUGCAAUUCUUCAAGAGAUCUUCACACACUUGAUUUAUCUUUAAAUCAGUUUAGUGGUGAUCUUGAAGGUUUGAACAACUGCACUGUUUCUCUCCAAAGGUUACAUUUAGAUUCCAAUUCAUUUUCUGGCCCUUUUCCUGAGUCAUUGUAUUCAAUGUUAUCAUUGGAGAGAUUAUCACUCUCUGCCAACAAUUUUUCUGGCAAGUUAAGCAAGGAGUUAAGUAAGCUUACUAGCCUAAAAUCUCUUGUGGUUUCUGCAAACCAUUUUUCAGGCGAAAUCCCGAAUGUGUUUGGGAACAUUUUGCAGUUAGAACAAUUUGUAGCACAUGCUAAUUCAUUUUCUGGACCAUUACCUUCCACUUUGGCUUUAUGCUCUAAGCUUAAAGUGCUUGAUCUUAAAAACAAUUCAUUGUCAGGUUCAAUUGAUCUUAAUUUCACUGGUUUGUCAAAUCUUUGUUCACUUGAUCUUGCUAGUAAUCAUUUUACUGGACCACUUCCUAGUUCAUUGUCCUAUUGUCAUGAAUUGAAAGUUUUAAGCCUUGCUAGGAAUGGUUUAAAUGGUUCUAUACCUGAAAGCUAUGCCAAAUUGUCUUCCCUUUUGUUUGUAUCUUUUUCAAACAACAGCUUAGAUAAUUUAUCUGGUGCACUUUCUGUUCUUCAGAAGUGCAAAAACCUCACAACUCUUAUCCUCACUAAGAAUUUCCACGGUGAAGAAAUUCCACAAAAUCUGCCUGGAGGAUUUGAGAGUCUUAUGGUGUUAGCACUCGGAAACUGCGGUCUGAAGAGUCAUAUUCCUUCUUGGCUGUUAAAAUGCAAGAAAUUGGCUGUACUUGAUUUGUCUUGGAACUCUUUGAAUGGCAGUAUGCCUUCGUGGAUUGGUCAAAUGGACAAAUUGUUCUAUUUGGAUUUCUCAAACAAUUCUCUCUCAGGUGAAAUACCGAAAAGUUUGACAGAGUUGACGGGACUUGUAUGUUCAAAUUGUGGAAGACCAAAUUUUGCUUCUUAUGCUUUCAUUCCACUCUUUGUUAAGAGAAAUACUAGUGCUAGUGGUUUGCAAUAUAAUCAAGCUUCAAGUUUCCCUCCUUCCAUUUUGUUGAGCAAUAACAUAUUAAGUGGAAGUAUAUGGCCUGAAAUUGGUAAGAUGAAGGCACUGCAUGUGUUGGAUUUCAGCAGGAACAACAUCAGUGGUACAAUUCCUAGCACUAUUUCAGAGAUGGAGAAUUUGGAAACAUUAGAUUUAUCUUAUAAUGAUCUCUCUGGUACAAUCCCUCCUUCAUUUAACAACCUCACAUUCUUGUCGAAGUUCAGUGUGGCGUAUAAUCGCUUGCAAGGACCGAUUCCAAGUGGAGGGCAGUUUUUAAGCUUCCCUAAUUCAAGCUUUGAGGGAAAUUUGGGACUUUGCAGGGAUUUUGAUGUUGAUAAUACUCCUUGCAAAGUUGUUAACAAUAUGAGGCCAAAUAUGUCUUCUGGUUCAUCCAGAAAAUUUAGUAGAAGCAAUGUUCUUGGCAUAACAAUCAGCAUAGGGAUAGCGCUUGCUUUGUUGCUUGCAGUUAUUGUGCUAAGAAUGUCAAAGAGGGAAGAAGAUAAGCCAAUUGAUAGCUUUGAUGAGGAGAUGAGUGGAAGGCCACGCAGGUUAUCAUCUGAAGGGUUUGUUGCUUCAAAAUUGGUGCUUUUUCAGAAUUCAGAUUGUAAGGAUCUCACAGUUUCGGAUUUGUUAAAAGCAACAAGCAAUUUCAACCAGGCGAAUAUUGUCGGUUGCGGUGGCUUCGGUCUUGUUUACAAGGCGUAUCUUCCAAACGGCAUGAAAGCAGCUGUCAAGAGGCUUUCUGGCGACUGCGGUCAGAUGGAACGUGAAUUUCAAGCCGAAGUCGAAGCCCUCUCGAGAGCUCAACACAAGAACCUUGUUUCUCUUAAAGGCUAUUGUCGGCAUGGCAACGACCGGUUGCUAAUUUACUCAUAUAUGGAGAACGGUAGCUUGGAUUAUUGGCUUCACGAGUGUGUGGAUGGAAAUUCAGCUCUGAAAUGGGAUGUACGACUCAAGAUUGCUCAAGGCGCGGCUCAUGGAUUAGCUUACUUGCAUAAGGAUUGUGAACCGUACAUUGUGCACCGCGACAUCAAAUCUAGCAACAUACUUUUGAAUGAUAAGUUUGAAGCUCAUUUGGCUGAUUUUGGUCUCUCAAGACUACUUUCACCAUACGAUACUCAUGUCACAACGGACUUGGUAGGAACUUUAGGGUAUAUUCCUCCAGAAUAUAGUCAGACACUGACAGCAACAUUCCGCGGCGAUGUCUAUAGUUUCGGCGUUGUUCUUCUUGAGCUUCUUACAGCUAGAAGGCCUGUUGAAGUCAUCAAGGGGAAAAACUGCAGGAAUCUUGUGUCUUGGGUUUAUCAGAUGAAAUAUGAAAAUAAGGAGCAGGAAAUAUUUGAUCAAACCAUUUGGGAAAAGGAAAGGGAGAAACAACUAUUGGAAGUACUUUCCAUUGCUUGUAAAUGUCUUGAUCAAGAUCCAAGGCAAAGACCUUCUAUUGAAAUGGUUGUUUCAUGGCUUGAUAGUGUAAAAGUUGAUGGCUUUCAACAAUGAUCUUAGUUCUUGCUUUGGUUGGUGUAUCAUUGACAAAUAACAUUAUAGGUUGUAAAGCAAGUUUGUUAUAUGAAGGUGGAAUGAAAUUUUCUUGUUAUUUUUGUUUUUUGGAUAGGCAAAUGUUAGUAUAUUACUUAUUAUGUAGCUCCUUUAACCCUUAGUUCAAACCAGUUGAGUUAUCAAAUCGUCAGGAAUGUUCAUGUUAUUGUUAUGGCUACACUCUCUUAUUUUGUUCUUUAUACAAGUCUUUUACUACAUUAUACUGAUAGUUGUUGUAACAUGUAUAAAACAAUAAUUUUUUGUAAUGAAAUCUUGCAAAAGCAAUAUAAAAAUGUAA